AUGAGAGUUCUAUCUUUUAUGAUAAGAGGAGGAUCUGAAACAGAUAUUUUAAUUGGUAGUAAAAGUUCAAAUUCUAAAUCGUCAUCAGAAUCUAAAAGAGAAUUUUCAUUAUUAACCAAAUUGGAUAUGCCAAUAUUUUACCUUAAAAGACUAGAGUAUAGAUUCAAUAUCUUGAUCAGUUAUGCCAAUUAG